CUUCAUGUUCGUAAGACAUACUAAAAUGAAAAUAUCGGUUUAAAGUAUCAAUAGUUUAAAAAUCUAUUUAAAUCACAAUGCAUAAGUUUCUAAUACGUGGUUAUGUUUCUGGAAGUUUACUCGGUUCUGGAACGAAAUACCCCCAUGUGAAGAAUAAAAUACAUAAGAAUGCACUAAGAUGUAUUACAACACAUGCAAAGUCGGACAAAUUGUUCCCUGAGAGGUCAGAUUUCCCCAGCAGGCAUAUUGGCCCGCGUGACCAGGAUGUAGUGACUAUGCUAGAUUUGCUUGGAUAUAAGAGUCUCGAUCAGUUAACGAACGAUGCGGUACCUAAAAAAAUUCAAUUUCAAGAAGUUAUGAACAUAAGCGACCCUAUAAGUGAAUAUGACCUCAUUGAAAGGGUACGAAAAAUUGCGGAACAAAAUCAAAUAUGGCGUUCAUACAUAGGCAUGGGUUAUCACAACUGUUGCGUUCCUCAUACUAUCAUGCGAAAUAUGUUCGAAAAUCCGGGAUGGACCACUCAGUACACGCCAUAUCAGCCAGAAGUAUCGCAGGGUAGGUUGGAAGGGCUGUUGAAUUACCAGACGAUGGUCAGUGACCUCACCGGGCUGGAUGUUGCCAAUGCUUCGUUGUUGGACGAGGGUACUGCUGCUGCUGAGGCGCUAUCAUUAUGUCAUAGACAUAACAGAAGAACAAAGUUUGUUAUUUCAGACAGACUGCAUCCACAGACUCUUGCUGUAGUUCAGACUCGACUGGAAGCCCUAGGUUUGGAUAUGAUAGUUUUGUCUGACGUCAGAAAAGCUGACUUUGCCCAGAGGGAUAUUUCGGCUGUCCUUUUGCAAUGCCCCGAUACUAGAGGGCUGGUGUACGACUAUUCUUCGUUCGCCGCUCAAGCGCAGGAGCAUGGUACCUUAGUGGUGGUAGCCACAGAUCUGCUUGCUUUAGCGUUGCUCCGACCGCCUGCAGAAUGCGGAGCAGCUCUUGCGGUUGGCACGUCACAACGCCUGGGAGUUCCAUUGGGAUAUGGAGGACCCCAUGCAGGGUUCUUCGCGGCUGAACACCCAUUGGUGAGACUUAUGCCAGGAAGAAUGGUGGGCGUCACUAGGGACGCGUCAGGAAGAGAUGCUUAUAGAUUAGCCCUUCAAACCCGAGAACAGCACAUUCGUCGCGACAAGGCAACAUCCAACAUUUGCACUGCGCAGGCGCUUCUAGCAAAUAUGUCGGCGAUGUACGGCGUGUACCACGGUCCGCAGGGACUGCGGGACAUCGCCACUCGGGUGCACAAUGCUACACUUGUACUUGAACAUGGCAUUAGAAAGCGUGGACACAUACAAUCGAACGAGGUGUUCUUCGAUACACUGCAUGUCGUUCCUCUACCCGAUCAUGACGUAAAAGCCAUAAAGACCCGCGCUCACGAAAAGAAGAUCAAUCUGAGAUACUUCGAAGAUGGAGCAAUAGGAGUAGCUUUAGACGAAACAACAACAAUGCAGGACGUCGACGAUCUUCUUUGGAUUUUUGACUGCAAAAAUGUUGAUGAGACUAUGAAUGACCAAGAUGUAAGAGCUCGAAGUAUCGCAAAAGGAUCUUUUAGAAGGACUUCCCCAUAUCUUACUCACCCUGUGUUCAAUAUGCACCAUUCCGAGACUCGAAUAGUGAGAUACAUGAAGAGAUUGGAGAAUAAAGAUGUUUCCUUAGUUCACUCUAUGAUACCCUUGGGGUCCUGUACUAUGAAAUUGAAUUCGACUACGGAGAUGAUGCCUUGCUCAUUCAAACACUUUACUGAUAUCCAUCCGUUCGCACCGCUCGAACAAUGCGAAGGAUACCACAUAUUAUUUGAGGAAUUGGCCAAAGAUUUAUGCGCUAUCACGGGUUACGACCGUGUAUCAUUUCAGCCUAACAGCGGUGCUCAAGGCGAGUACGCUGGUUUGCGUACUAUCAAACGCUACCACGAAUUCCGUGGUGAUACCAGUCGCAACAUCUGCCUGAUUCCCGUGAGUGCACACGGCACCAACCCUGCGUCUGCGCACAUGGCUGGCAUGAAAGUCUGCGCUAUACAGGUCACGCCGGCUGGUGAUAUUGACAUGGCGCAUCUUAAGGAUAAGGUUGAGGAACAUAGUGCCAACAUAUCGUGCUUGAUGCUGACGUACCCAAGCACGUUCGGCGUCUUCGAGGAGCGCGCAGCUGAUAUUUGUGAGCUGGUUCACGCUCAUGGCGGACAAGUUUAUUUGGAUGGAGCUAAUAUGAACGCUCAGGUGGGAUUAUGUCGCCCCGGUGACUACGGUAGCGAUGUGUCACAUUUAAAUCUACACAAAACAUUCUGUAUUCCCCACGGAGGUGGAGGGCCUGGUAUGGGUCCAAUUGGAGUAAAAGCUCACCUAGCCCCGUUCCUGCCAUCGCACCCGGUAGUAGACCCACUGGCAGAUUUAGGCGACGCAGCACAUAGUUUUGGUUCAGUCAGUGCGGCACCAUAUGGCUCUUCCGCAAUUCUUCCAAUUUCAUGGGCAUAUAUCAAAAUGAUGGGACCAAAAGGGCUCAAACGAGCGACACAAGUGGCCAUUCUGAAUGCUAAUUAUAUGUCUCGGCGGCUAGAGGGUCAUUACAAGACAUUGUACAAAGGCGAGCGGGGCCUGGUCGCACACGAGUUUAUAAUUGACGUCCGGGAUCUGAAGAAAACUGCCAACAUUGAGCCAGGAGAUAUUGCUAAACGACUUAUGGACUUCGGUUUCCAUGCGCCGACCAUGUCUUGGCCCGUUGCUGGAACAUUGAUGAUCGAGCCCACAGAAUCUGAAGAUUUGCAAGAGCUAGACCGAUUUUGUGAAGCUUUAAUUACCAUCAGAAAGGAAAUUAAAGACAUCGAAGACGGAGUAAUAGAUAAGCGACUUAAUCCCCUUAAGAUGGCACCACACACCCAGGAAGCAGUUAUAUCAGAAGAAUGGAGUCGCCCCUACACCAGGGAACAGGCAGCUUUCCCUGCUCCCUUUGUAAAAGGUGAAACCAAAAUUUGGCCAACAGUCGGACGUAUUGAUGACAUGUACGGAGACAAACACCUAGUGUGUACCUGCCCUCCUGUAAUAGAUGAUUUUUAAGCAAUAAAUGAAACUAGAUAAGCCAGCAGUCACAUAAUGUAUAUAUUUUUCAAUAUUGUCGUAUA